AUGUUAGAAUGUACGAGGCGCAUCCAGCAUUCGCUCACAGCUUGCCUUGCUCGGGGUACGGAAGAAGUGCAUUUGAUCAAGGCCGGUCUUUGGCGGAUUCCAGUAGCCGUGCGAUGUCUCUCCAUCUUCUUCGCCUUAAACUUUUCCGACAUGCUGACCAUAGAAAGACGCUAUUCUCAAGAAGACAAUGCGACUAGCCUCGAUGAUGAAGGAGAUGAGAGUGUGAACUUUAGGUCGGGGUCUGAAGAAAUUAAAACGAAGAAAGCAGGACAGAUUAUCUCAGCUCGAGUGGAAUUAAAAGAGUUAAUAAACGGAGCUAAUGACCCCAUAAAUUAUGAAGAAAGAAAGGAUCUACUUAGACAAAGGAGAACUAGAAUACAUUCCAGUCAAUUUGAUACGUGCCACCGACUUCGGUUCGUCGACUUCUAUAACCUAGCUUUCGAGGCAUAUCUAUUGAACGAAUCUCCCGAGCACGGACUAGCAGAACUACUAGCACCGCGCAAGCCUGCUUCCCGUUUCAAUGAAAAGGCGGAAGGACACAGAGAUUUCAGUCUCCUCGACUACCCAUUUGUUCUGAGUCUUCGUAUUAAGCGAAAACUUCUAGAGGCUAGCAACUUUGACGAUUGUUCAAACGAGAUGGUCAGGCUUGCUAAAGUGACCUUGGUGAACCAACUUGUUGCCGACCAGCCAACAGAUAUGAAUCCGCUUUUCCUAACUAUUCGUGUGCAUCGGUCUAAUCUUUUAUCAGAAUCCAUGGAACAGUUGAUGGCCAAACGAGACGAAUUGAAAAAGAAGUUACGUGUUAUUUUCGAGGAUGAAGUUGGAGUCGAUAUGGGGGGACUGACUAAGGAGUGGUUUUUACUGCUAACUCAUGACCUUUUCUCCAACCCUGAGUCUCGCCUCUUCCGUACCGACUCGACCUCUCAGACAGCUUGGUUUAUCAUCCAACCUGAUCGCACUCUGGAGCAGUUAAAGGAAAUUCACCUGGCAGGAGUCCUAAUGGGCCUUGCCGUCUAUAAUGGAGUAAACCUCGAUGUUCAUUUUCCAAGCGUCUGCUAUCGAAAGCUUUUGAGCCCAGUUGAUUUGCCUACUGUGUCCCAAAAUCUCCGCCAUACUUGGGGCCGAAUCGGAUUCUGUUCCGUCGAUCUGAAUGACAUAAAGUCUAUCAAUCCGGUAGAAAAUAUUUACUAUUUUGAUUAA